AUGGUUCGGGUCUGCUGCGCUUGUGGUGCGCAAGAGAAAGCGCUGAACCUGGUGGCAGAAGCACAGGCCAAAGGCGUAAAGCCGCGGCUGCGAACCCUGUCGGCGGUUCUGCUGCAGGCAUCAGAAGCUGGCGACCGUUCAACCUGCGAGUCUUUGUGGGCACGGUUGCCGAGCCUGGGACUUGAGCCCCAGGAUUCCGAGUUUGCUAUCAUGUUGCGAACCUUCCGUGGAGAGCCACUUCGUGAUUCGCUCAGAGUGGUGGUGCAACCAGUGGCCAGCAAACGGCUACCCCCAGCGUAA